CGCCCAUACCCGGGCCUCUCGAACCUAUACAACACCUGCUACCUGAACGCGCCCCUGCAGUGCCUCCCCCACUGCCCCGCCGCGCGCGCCGCGCUCCUGGGGGCGGAGGGCGAGGGCGAGCCGCUGGAGCUGCGCGCCCUGGCGACCGCCUGCGCGCGCGGGGUGCCGCCGCCCGCGGAGCACGUCGGCGGCGCCGCGCCAGCGCCAGUCCGCGUGGACCGCUGGUCCCCGCGCGCCUUCGUGGACGCGUUCCUCGCGAAGCACUUUCUCUUCAAGCUGGGGAGGUACGCGGACGCGGGCGAGGCGCUGUCGUUCAUCCUGGAAGACGCGCCUGGUCUCGCCAGCCUCUUCCAGACCGGAUACGACGAGGAGGUCACGAUGAGGCCCCCAGCCUUCGUGGACGGGGCAGACGACGGCGACGACGCCCUGUCGCCGCAGGACUUCUUCCUCGAUGGGGGCGCGCAGAGAUUGGAUAUGCGAGAGCUGCUCCGCCGCGGCGCCUCCAUGGGCGGGCGACUGCGAUCGAAGCCUGAAUUGCUGGCGGUCCACGUGCCGCGCGGCGACGGCACGGCGCUCUACCUCGGCGGCUGCGACAUCGCGCCCUACUGGGGCGAGCUCCCGGAGGUGGCUCUGAGGGCGGGGGAGGAAGACGUCGCAUGCCGCCUGCGCGCCUACGUGCAGUACAUCCAGCCCGAGGGAUCGGAAGCCGUCCCAUCCCACGUCCUGAAUGACCCCCGCGGCCAUUUCGUGGCCCACUUCGAGGAGGACGGGAGCUGGUACACUGCAGACGACCUGGGCGAUCGGCCGCGCGUGGUCCAGUGGGCGCCUGGCACCGAGCACAAUAUACCUUGCAUGAUCUUCCUUGAGAAGGUGGGCUCCAGGGCGGCCCGCGCCGAGGCAUGCCCGUGGCCGCCCGGGCCGGUCGUCGACGGCGCGGAGGGCGCGGGCGGCGACGGCGACGGCGACGCGGACGGCAAGGACAGCCCUGGCCUCGGCGGAGCGCCCGACAUGGACGAGGGUGGCGGGGCCGGCGACGUUGGCGGGCUGGGCGCGCGGAAGCGGCCCGCGGCGUCAGCGAGGAGCGGCGCCCCUCCCAAGAAGCGGCUCCGCCUCCGAGGGAAGCAGAGCGUGGCUGGGAGGCAGCAGAGCCGCGCCGGGAGGCAGCAGAGCCGCGACGGGAGGCAGCAGGAGAGGCAGCAGAGCCGCGCUGGGAGGCAGCAGGAGAGGCAGCAGAGCCGCGCUGGGAGGCAGCAGAACCGGGGCGGUCGGCAGGACCAGAAGCGCGGUUGCAAGCCGGAGGAGGUGCUCCGGCAGGGGCGUAAGCCGAAGAGCAAGGGAGACAACGCCGACGGGCCCCGGCAGGGCUUGCAGGCGGCGUGCGACGCGCGCCGGGAGUGCGGCGACCUGUUCUUGCUCUUGCACCUGCUGGAGCCGCUGGCUGCCACCGACGACCUCCUUAAGCACUACCCGGACUUCUUCGUCUACGCGGGCGACGACUGCGCCAACCGAUGGGCGACGUUCUUGCGCGCCCCCGAUCGGCCUGACAAGUUGGCUGGCAGGCUGCGGGUGGCGCUCGGGGUCACGGAGAACGAGAUUUCCGACGCCGAGCGCCGACUGGAGAGCGGGGAGUGGCUCAUGCACCAUGUCGCGGAGCUCCUGGACGAGCGUCUGAACUCCGCCCACAGCGCCCACUCCGUGGCGGCCGCGGUCCGCUUGGCGGUGGGCGACGGGCCGGGCGCGCAGGGCGAUGGCAACCCGCUGAGGGCGCACCUGGCCGAUGCGUGGCAGCGCAGACCCUGCAACCGCGGCCCGCCCCGGCACUCGGCCAUGCCUGCGCGCCUUCGGGAUCGCUCUGAGUGGUUCCAGUGCCCCGCGCCUGCGCUGCAUUAUGCCUGCCGCAUGUGCGAGGCCGAGUUCCCCGACAGGGAGGCGUUCAAGGCGCGCCAGGGCAGAGUCCACGGGGGGCAGCGGUGGUACCAGUCGCAGUAUGUGGCGCGGUGCGAGCUGGAGCCCUACCAGCCGUCGCCGACCGAGGAGCGCCAGGUGAGCGGCGGCGGGGAACUGCGCCCAGCCCCCGGUGACGUGCCCUUAGCGCUGGCGCUCCCAGCGCCAGCGAUAAGGGCAUCGAGAGCGCUGGGGGUCGGGCGGUGCUCCCCGCCAUCGCUGCAGGUGGUUGCCAGGUUCCACAUUUCCCAGUGCUGCGCCGCCGUCGACCCCGUGGACGAGCCGUUCGUCCCGAAGCCCGAACUGGAGGUGCAGAAGCAGCUCCUCCACGCGGAGAUCGUCGGCAGGAUCAUCGGCAAGAUCGGUCAGGGGGGGCCCGCGGAGGAGAUCUCCCUGCAGGCGGCCGGCGCGGCGGAGUCGGCAGCCCGCGCUCAGGCGGCGUGUCAGGCGAGGGGGCCCCGCGCUUUCCAGGCCUGCGUCUGCUGCGCCAUGCAGCAGUGGUCCGAGAAUCUCCACUCGGAGUACCUCGUCGGCGACAAGUGCACCAUAAAGAACCGGGCCCAGUUCGCGGACUGCCUGUCGGCCGAGUGGUAUCACCAACGAUGGCCCCUCAUACCGCGCGACGAGCUGAUGUCGUCGGCCGUGGACUUCCCCCACAACGACUGCGAGGGCUCGCCGAAGUCCACGAAUAUACUCCUGCACAAGAGGCGCGUGUCGCCUGAGGCGCUCGAAGGGAAGGUGCCAGUGAAAGUCGAUUGCCGGAGAGACCUGUGGAAGGCCGCUCUCGCGCGCCAGAUGCUGCUCGCGCUCGGCCGCGUCGUGUCCACGAAGAUCUACCUGUCCAGCAAGGGCGCCGAGAAGGCCGUCCGGCAGGAGCAGCAGUCCUGGAGGCAGAAGUUCUUGCAGUACGCCAUGCAGGGCACCGCCAUCGUGUUCGGGAACGGGAACGUGGACCACGCGACGCGGAGCUUCCCGCUGGAGCCCGACAUGCUCAGGGAGGUGGCGCUGCACGUCGACAAGGCGGAGUACGACGCCCAGGCGCGGUUGUUGAAGCAGCGCAACUACGUGUACAAUGACCCGGGCGUGCAGUGCCGAUCGGACCUCGUGGGCCGUUUCCCCCCGCAGCCGGACGUGCCCGACUUCAUGCUGGCCUGCGCGAAGUAUGUCCCCACGGACGCGGCGUUGGACGACGUCGCGCAGGCGCAGGGGCCCGCCUCGGCCACCACGGGCGCGCAGGCAGAGAUGAGCGCGGCCGCCGAGGGCAUGCUCGAGAGGAUGGAGAGUCAGGCGGGGCGCGCGGUGGCCAACGAGCUGAUGUCCAGGCUCGAGGAACAGGGGGGCGAGGAUAGGGCGCUGCCGCUGGACGAGAUCGGGCGUCACCGCCUGCGGGACCUCUGCCAGGAGUUCCGCGCGCGCUGUCGGAAGAUCUCCCCCGGGGAGGACACGGCGAAGCUGCGCUGGCGCGUCCAGGCGCUGGAGACGAACAAUUGCCAGGCGGAGGGGGGCGCGGGCGACCUGGCGCGACCUGCAGGAGUCGCGGGGACUCCCGCCGAGGACGACCCGCGCUCCUUGCAGGGACCGCCUGGCCCCGACGGCCAGCGGAAGGCGAGGCUUCGGGUGCCCACUUCGAGGAAGGCGGAGAGCUGGUGGAAUACGAAGUACUGGUCCGUUGCCAGGCCCACGGACUUCUGCUACGGGGACUGCGCCUGGGGCCUCGGCCAGCUCCCCCCGGACGGAGACGAGGAUCCGCAGAAGCAGAAGGAGGGUCGGCUCUGCUUCAGCGUGGCGCACUUCAUCAAUAAUCUUCUCACGCGGGAGGAGAUGGAGUACGACGUGCCUGGCGACGAGGAGAAGUGCGUGGCCAGGCCCAUCAGUCGUUUCCGGAGCUCCUGGUACGAUGUGCACCUGCUGUGUUCCUUCUGGAGAGUCACGGAGACGACCGCCAGCACCUGCGCCUUCCUGAAGACGCCGGGGGCGUUCGGGGCCGCUCGCGUCUGCGCGGACAUCGCGCCGGAGAUGAUCGAGGAGGUGCAGCUCAGGGCGCAGCAGACGGGCCUGAAGGCCACGCUGCACGGCAUCCUCGAGGACAAGGACACCCCGAACGAGGUGCGCAAGGCCUUCGCCACCCUUGGCCAGGCCACCGCCAGCCAAGUCGGGUCCGACGGACACAGGCGGGAGCUGCGUGGAGAGGGCGAGGCAUAUACCUUGCGCUUCGGCCCACCCGUCCAGUUCGCCACCCCGAAUCUGGCAGACACCAAGCAGCCCCUGAUCCUCAUCGUGCAGGGGGAGGAGUACUCCUUCGGCAACGACCUGACCGAGGCGGAGCAAGUAACGUUCAGCGAGAUGUCGCGGCGCAUCGCCGCGGACCCCGUGGGCCAGGCCGUAGUGUUCGAGCUGAUGAUGAGGCUGUUCUUCGUCCACGUCCUCGGCCUGCGCCAGGACACCGUCGGGUGGCGGCGAGGAGAAGUUCGAAAGGCUUCGGAACACUGGAUCUCCGACGGCGUGGCGGCCGACCUCAUGGCCGUGCCCACGGUGUUCGGCCCCCUGGCGGCGGCCUUCGGUCCGGUCGAGGCUCAGGGUCAGCUGCGCGUGCUCUUGGACAUGCUGCAGCGCGACGAGGCGCGCUUUCAGGAGCGCCUGAACCUGUGGAUGCGGCAGGUGGUGCAGGCCGUGGUCGCCACCCAGCAGGGCGCCGUGGAGCUGCUGCCCCUGCAGCUGCAGGGGGGCGAGGACAAGUGCGGGGUCGCGGCGCCGCCGCUGCCGUUCGGGCCCAACGAGAAGCGGUACUUCAGGGCCGACGGGGGCGCGGAGAUGGCGACGGCAGAGCAGCUCGGUAGGGAAGGCGAAACGGAGGAGGCGCUGUGGUUCUACGAUCCCAGGGCAGACGGCUACCACAGGGCGGUUCGCGCCGAUCUACCGCUGCGCAACAACGGCGGCGAGGCCGUAGACGGCGAUGCGGCGUGGACAGAGCAGCGGGCCGCGGAUAACAAGGGGUACUGGCGGCGGCCGCUCUCCAGCAGCGCCUCCGGCAUCUUCCUGAGAUGUGCCGCGACGCGCGCGAGCUCGUCAUCGGCUGCGGCCAUCCACGUCUGCAGCCCCUCCUGCUACAAGUACCAUUCCGACAAGACGCGUGGCUCGCAGAUCUGCCGCCACAACUUCUACAACCUGGUGACGCUGUGCACGUGGCCCGAGGGGGGGGACUCACAAGAGUGCCGGCUCCGCGCGCGCGGGAAGGCUCUGCGCGGCUGCAUCGGCAUCUUCCGGGAGACGGACUACGGCAUGGCCGGGCGCAUCGUCGCCUUCCAGCUCCACCCCGGUGAGGCCUCGACGAAGUGCGCGGCGGUCGUCUCGGCGCGGUGCAACGUGGACGUGCAGGACAUGAGGCGGGCGCUGCCCCCGCGUCUGUGGAUGGAUGCGUCGGAGCUGGAACCGCCGGCGAACGAGGAGGACCGCAAGAGCUACAACCAUGGCCUCUACCCUCAGCGCUACGCCGACUUCUCGGUGGGCGCCUGGGAGGACUGGGGAUGGUUCCAGCAUCUGAACACCACGUCCGCGGAGAAGUGGGACCUCGUCGGGGAGCUCGCGAACCGCGACAGCCCCGCCGUGGACGGUGGCGACGCUGCGCGCGCCGAUCUCCAACGCGACCUGGAGCGGCACGCGCUGGCCACCUUCGUGGACGCCCACAACACGAGCUACUACGUGAACUCGUACACCACGAAGGUGAACCCCAGCAUGGACGACGUGCUCUGCAAGCUCCUCGACGGCGUGCGCCGCCUGAAGAGCCAGUGGGACGACAGGGAGGCGCAGGCCGCGGGCGGCGCCAGCGACGAGGCCCAGUCGACCGCCGCAGGAAAGCGCAAGGAAGAUUUCAAGCGCACGCUGCAGGUGCUGGCCCGCUUCGAAACCUGCUUCCGCAGGGCCUCCUGGAAGAGCGGCAGCGAGAUGGUCUUCCCCAUGCUCUUCGGGCACCUCUCCUUCAUGACGCACCGUUGCUGGAAGGUGUUCAUGCGGAAACCCAUUUACCUCGCCGAGGAGUCCUGGCGCAGGCGGUAUGGCCAGGCCGACGCCGCGGAAAGCGCACCCGCCGCCUCGAUCACGUUCGCGGUCCCUGGCACUGGACAGCAGGUCGCGAUGCCAGGGUGGCGCGAGGCGCAGCGCGAGGGCGAGCCGGUGUACGUCAGCCCCGACGGCGAGGAGUUCGACACGAUCGAGUACGCGCACCAGGCGUUCCAGAUCGCGAGCGCCAGCGGCAGCUCGCUGCGCGACGUGGCGAAGGCGCUGAACAAGUUGCGGGAAGGCGAGGCCGAAGAGGCGCCCGAGACACUGGGGCCGACUGUCGAGGGCCUCGCGCAGGGCAAGUUCAGGGGCGCAGUGCUGAGCCAGCGCGACGACUGGAUGCGCCGCGGAGACCACCCUAUUGUCCGAGACAUGAGCUUGUACGUCUACAGCAUCUGGGUGCACCGCGUGGAACUGCCGCUGCAUGCCCUUUCGGCCGGGGAGCUGGAUCCCGAGGGCAGCGGGGGUCGCACCCUGCACGUCGACAUCGCCUUCGACUCGUCCUACUCGGCGGCGCGGAACUGGACGCAGAGGCUGGCCGUCGAGCCGCGCAUCCCGAAGGCCGACGGCUUCCAGUUCGUGAGCGCGGAGUCGAGCGUGGAGACGCACUCCCUCAUGAAGUCGGUGCUGCUCCGGCCAGUGCACCUGCCGGACGCCGACGGCCCCAACGACACGAAGGAGCUGCGCUACCUCCGCGCGUACGAGCACAUGUGCGCGGCGCCGGAGGGCGAGCCGGAGUGGCCGGCGCAGCCG